AGGAAAACGGAUGAGUACUUCCGUAUGAAGCUCCAGUGGAAGUCAGUGAGUGAGGAGCAGGAGAAACACAACAGCAUGUUUAGAGACCACAGGAGUCUAAUAGAGAAAGACGUGAACAGGACAGAUCGGACCAACACUUUCUAUGAAGGACAAGACAACCCAGGACUGAUUCUGCUGCACGAUGUCCUCAUGACCUACUGCAUGUAUGACUUUGACCUGGGCUAUGUCCAGGGUAUGAGUGACCUGCUGUCUCCGAUCCUCUAUGUGAUGGAGGACGAGGUGGACGCCUUCUGGUGCUUUGUCUCCUUCAUGGACCAGAUGCACCAGAACUUUGAGGAGCAGAUGCAGGGAAUGAAGACUCAACUGACCCAGCUCAGCACUCUGCUACGGCUACUGGACCUGUCCUUCUGGAACUACCUGGUGGCCCAGGACUCUGGUCACCUGUACUUCUGCUUCCGCUGGCUCCUGAUUCGCUUCAAGAGAGAACUGAGUUUCCCUGAUGUCCUGCGUCUUUGGGAGGUAAUGUGGACCGGGCUGCCGUGCCAGAACUUCCACCUGCUGGUGUGCUGUGCCAUCCUGGACUCAGAGAAACACCAGAUUAUGGAGGAACAAUAUGGCUUCAAUGAGAUCCUCAAGCUCAUAAAUGAACUACCGAUGAAACUGGACAUCGUGGUCAUCCUCAACAAAGCUGAAGCUAUAUGCCUGCAGCUGAAGAGUUGUAAGGAUUUGCCCAACUCCGUGGUUGAGAUGCUUGGAUUCAACAGCACAGACACAGAGUCAUCAUCCCAGUCAGAGGACACUGAGAGAACGGACAGACCGGACUCUCCCGAACCUUCUACACCGUCAGACGACCAGCAGGACUUAGUCUCUGAGUACAACGCCAGCGGCAACAACGGACACUUACGGGACGCAGCGCGUGACGUUUACAAAUUAGCCUACAUAUCGUAGCCAGCCUGGCUAACAGUAGUCUCUCGUCCAGUGAGAGAUUUGGUUCUGGUGGCUGAGACGAGGCUCACAGCCUGGUGAAAAAGGUGGAUUGCGCCUCUCCCACCUCACAGACCGAGGAGAGAUAGGAAACGGCUUCUCAGGGCAGUAUCUUUAUAAUAGAGCCCAAGAGCUAUUCAUUUACAGGAAGUUUUUGCAAAUCAAAUAAUUUUUGUAAUGAUUCUGUCUGUUAAUCAUCUAAUUUUUCUUGUUCGAUGGUGGUCUUUGAGUUUUUAGGAUAUUGUUCCUUAUUGCCCCUGACUAUAAGGUAUUUAGUGUUCAGCAGAUUGCUCCUUAUUGCCCCUGACUAUAAGGUAUUUAGUGUUCAGCAGAUUGUUCCUUAUUGCCCCUGACUCCCAGGUAUUUAGUGUUCAGCAGAUUGUUCCUUAUUGCCCCUGACUAUAAGGUAUUUAGUGUUCAGCAGAUUGUUCCUUAUUGCCCCUGACUCCCAGGUAUUUAGUGUUCAGCAGAUUGUUCCUUAUUGCCCCUGACUCCAAGGUAUUUAGUGUUCAGCAGAUUGUUCAUUAUUGCCCCUGAGUAUAAGGUAUUUAGUGUUCAGCAGAUUGUUCCUUAUUGCCCCUGACUCCAAGGUAUUUAGUGUUCAGCAGAUUGUUCAUUAUUGCCCCUGAGUAUAAGGUAUUUAGUGUUCAGCAGAUUGUUCCUUAUUGCCCCUGACUCCAAGGUAUUUAGUGUUCAGCAGAUUGUUCAUUAUUGCCCCUGACUAUAAGGUAUUUAGUGUUCAGCAGAUUGUUCAUUAUUGCCCCUGACUAUAAGGUAUUUAGUGUUCAGCAGAUUGUUCAUUAUUGCCCCUGAGUAUAAGGUAUUUAGUGUUCAGCAGAUUGCUUGACUUGACUUGUUAAUCGCUCCUGAAUCGUGUGAAUAGUCAAAUGUAAUGCUGAAGUAGUUGACAUUUAAAUAGAGGUGGAAGGGCUGAGGAAUGGAUAAGGUUUUAUAUAAACAGGGCUUAUUAUAUCUCACUGUAGUAUUCAGCUAAUAGGAGCCCUACUGUAGGUGUAAUUCAAUUAGAACUAUUAGGCCCCUCUCCUCUACCAAAUGAAAAGGAUUUUCUGCCCUGCAGCCUAUUGACAUGGAUUUCACACAGUGUACAAAACAUUAAGAACACCUGAUCUUUACAUAACAGACUGACCAGGUGAAUCCAUGACAUAGACUGACCAGGUGAAUCCAUGACAUAGACUGACCAGGUGAAUGCAUGACAUAGACUGACCAGGUGAAUGCAUGACAUAGACUGACCAGGUGAAUGCAUGACAUAGACUGACCAGGUGAAUCCAUGACAUAGACUGACCAGGUGAAUGCAUGACAUAGACUGACCAGGUGAAUCCAUGACAUAGACUGACCAGGUGAAUCCAUGACAUAGACUGACCAGGUGAAAGCUAUGAUCCCUUAUUGAUGUCACUUGUUAAAUCCUCUUCAAUCAGUGUAGAUGAAGGUGGAGGAGACAGGUUAAAGAAGGAGUGUUAAUCCUUGAGACAUGGAUUGUGUGCCAUCCAGAGGGUGAAGGGUCAAGACAAAAUAUUGAAGUGCCUUUGAACGGGGUAUGGUAGUAGGCGCCAGUCGCACCAGUUUAAGUGUGUGAAGAAUUGCAACGCUGCUGAAUUUUUCAACAGUCUUCGUGUGUAUUAACAAUGGUCCACCAUCCAAAGGACAUUCAGCCAACUUGACACAACUGUGGGAAACAUUGGAGUCAACAUGGGCCACUAUCCCUGCGGAACGCUUUCCACACCUUGUAGAGUCAACAUGGGCCACUAUCCCUGUGGAACGCUUUCAACACCUUGUAGAGUCAACAUGGGCCAGCAUCCCUGCGGAACGCUUUCCACACCUUGUAGAGUCCAUGCCCUGACGAAUUGAGGCUGUUCUGAGUGCAAAAGGGGAUUGCAACUCAAUAUUAAGAAAGUGUUCCUAAUGAUUUGUCCACUCAGUGGUUUUCUAUGCCGCUGCCUAACUGACAUCUGAUUUGGUAAGACUGAAAGAGACGUGAUUUAUAUUGAAAAAACCUAUUGUUUCUGAAUCCAUAUUGUUAAUCGUACUCGAAUGUGUGGGUUGGCAUGGCGAUAAUGUAUGUACAAGUAAUUAUAUGUCUGUUCCUCUGGACUGAAGGUUCCCAGAAGUUGCUUCAACAAACACCCAACCUUACAGCAAUGGUUUUUUUUGUUUGUUAAUGAUGUAGAGUUCAUGCUUAGCCAACCAUGAGGCCCUUUGUCAACAUGUACAGACAGACUUACGUCCCAUGUACUCGUUGAUAUGAUCUGUUUAGCUUCACUCGCCUCCCAAAACAUAGUGAAAUAAGGUUCUUGGUGUGUUUCACAUCAACACUGUGGGGAAGAUUUGUAAAGGAGUUGAUGUAGUCAUUGAUUUAUGUUGCAUGAUGAAAGUCUCAGCCUUCAAGGGAUUUAUCAGAAACAGUAAUGCUGGAAGACUGUUCGUACCUGAAUCUUUCUGUGUACAGAUGUGUCUAUUGCAGCAGUUUGUACUGUAUAUAUAUAUUUGAUACCGUCUUUAAAAACCAAUUAUGUUUUGAAAUCUUUUAUAGAAGCUGAAUUUCAUGACUCCUCUUUGUAUUGCUUUAGGUGGUAGGAGUAUCAGUGUCCCUCUCCUCUCUGUUCAGGUGUCUCUCCCAGUGCUGACAGCCGUCUAUGGGAGGAUCUCAAUGGCCUUUCCUUUGAUUUCUAGCAUCCUCGCUUCCUUCUCAACACGCAUUGGAUGAAAUGGUCAGAUGGGGAGGGAACUCUUACCUUCUCAUCCAAUGGGUUUUAAGAAGGAGGUGAGAAGAGAGGAUGCGAAGAAUCAAGGAAAAGCAAUUGAGGUUCUCUCCAUGUCUCAACGGGCGUGGCCAGUCUGUUCACAGUUCCACAUAUCCUGUCGCUAGAAAUAUAACUAAAUGAACCAUAAUGUCCCAUAUAAUGUCCCUUAUUUUGUUCCCUAUUUUACACUGACACAAAUGAACAACUAUAUACCUC